CACAAAUUAGCUCGAAGAUCCUAAGCGCUCAAACAUGAUGGUUCGCCUGUCUCGGAUCCAACUGGCUCUGUUCUUUAUCUUGCUUUGCCCGGUCAAUAUCAUCGGAUUGUGGUGGGCAGUGGGCAGUCCACUGCUGAUGGAUCCAAACAGCAUAUGCAAGAAGACAAAGCGUCUUGUGGGGAAGCAGGCCGAGCUGUGUCAGACUCAACCAGAAAUCAUCAAUGAGGUGGCCAAAGGAGCCAGGCUGGGUGUCAGGGAGUGCCAGUUCCAGUUCAGAUACCGCCGGUGGAACUGCACCAGUCACAAUAAGUACUUUGGCAAAAUAUUGCAGCAAGAUAUCCGGGAGACAGCGUUCGUGUACGCCAUCACAGCUGCCGGCGUGACCCACGCAGUGACGCAGGCCUGCAGUAUGGGAGACCUGCUACAGUGUGGCUGCGAGGCCACCAGGAACAGAGCCCCCCCAAGACCUCUGUCGUCCUCUCCGCGCGAUGGUGUCAAGUGGGAAUGGGGUGGCUGCGGUGAUGAUGUGGAGUUUGGCUACGAUAAAUCCAAGCAGUUUAUGGACGCAAAAAGGCGACGAGGCAAGAGCGACAUCAGGACACUCAUAGAUCUGCACAACAAUGAAGCUGGGCGACUGGCAGUGAAGCUCUACAUGCGGACCGAGUGCAAGUGCCACGGACUGUCCGGCUCAUGCACGUUACGCACUUGUUGGAAAAAGAUGCCUCACUUCCGCGAGGUGGGCGACCGCCUCCUGGAGCGCUUCAACGGUGCCUCCAAAGUGAUGGGCGGCAAUGACGGCAAGACGCUUAUCCCCGUAGGCCAGAACAUUAAACCUCCGGACAGGCAGGAUCUGAUCUACUCAGACGAAUCGCCCGAUUUCUGUCUGGCGAAUCGUAAGACGGGGUCUCUGGGGACGCGGGGGCGUAUCUGUAACAGCACCGCCAUGGACAUCAGUGGCUGCGAUCUGUUAUGUUGCCAGCGAGGCUACCGAGAAGAAACUGUGGUGUUUGAGGAGAACUGCCUGUGUCGUUUCCACUGGUGUUGUGUGGUCCAAUGCAAGAAGUGCUCGGUCCGAAAGGAGCUGAGUCUCUGUCACUGACGAACUGGAGUCACAUUCCCCUAACUUGUUGUAAUUACUUAUUUUGUUUUAUAAAUAUAUAUAUAUGUAUUGAGCUUUUUGGCAGUUGUAAAGUAUGAUCUUGACUGUUAUUAUCCUUUUUGCAGCAGUCCUGCUCACACCAUUCCUUAAGUCACUCGCUACUAUUCAUUCAGUUCAUUUGAACUGGGAGGGCUGACAGUUAUCAUCCACAUCUGAAUCCAUGUGCUUUACACUCAUUGUAAAAUCUUGCAAUCAAAUCCACAAGAUGUGCCGGGAAAGUUCCCAAAAGUUUUAAAACCCAAACUACCAAGGAAGUACUUUCCGAGCCUUCUCCAUGAAGCCUUUGUGUACUAGGAUUCUGUCAGGAUCCUCUGCCGUGAUAUUAUUACAGCCUUCUUGGUAUUGUCCACAUUUUCAUUACAGGUUCAGUUGUUGUUUGGAAGAGGGAAGAAUCGAACCAAACCGGAUUUGUGUGAGUAGGGUUGUUGUCACUGAUCUUAAAUGCUAAAGGAUUUUUUUAAAAGUUCUGCUUCAACCUCUUUUCCAUAAUUUAAUAAAAACUCUGAUUAUACAUCUUUUUUGCUAUACAUCCUAGAACUCUCCUUACAAACCUUGGUUAUCAAAUAUUGAGCGGGACAACUGAAGUGAACUGCUCUCUGAAUUUUGAUCAUUGAAAAUGUCUGAAAUUGUCCGACUUUUUAGUACAUGGUGAGCAUUCCAUUUGAUUUACACUGACAAUCAUUACAUAGACUAAAAACAAAAAAGUUCUAAAUUGCAAUAAGUUUUUAAAUCCAGCCUCACAUUUCCAUCAAUCAGUACAAGUCAUUUAAUCUUGCAAUUUUCAUACUGUGCCAUAGACUUUAUAAUGUAUUGACAGGACACAGGGCACAGGGCCGAUUCAUAGGGGGCCUAUCGCCGUCAAAGCUGACCGAGUGGAAACACAGACACAGAGCUUUUUCCGUUGCUUUUUCCAUUCUUGUGAAUAAAUGCUUAAAUACCUGAAUUCUUUAAAGAUAUGGACAUAAAACAGUCUCGAUUCUUAGUUAAAAGCAAAAAAAAAAAACGUGCGGGUAGCAGGGUGGUGUGGCUCAGUGGUAGAGUAGUUGUCCCAAAACCCAGUGGUUGUGGUAUCCUAGAGCAAGAUACUGAACCCCACAUUGCUCCUGGUGCUGCGUCACCAGUAGGUAGAUGGCAAUGUAGUGUAAAGUGCUUUGAGCACCUUCAAAGGUGGAAAAGCGCUAUACAAGUAUAACACCAUAUAUUUUACGUGAAAGAAUGAACUGCGAACUAUGAGUCUAGUCAGUAAGGAAAUUAGCGUCUGCCAUAUGUAAACAAAGAGCUUUUUCCGUUGAAAGUUCUUGCGAAUAAAUACCUAAAUCCCUGAAUUCUUUAUAGAUAUGAACGUAAAACAGUAUUGAUUCUUGGCUAAAUGCAAAAAAAAAAAAAACGUGUAGGCAGCAUUUAUUUUACGUAUAUAUUGCGAACUAUGAGGCUAGUCAGUAAGGAAAUUAACAGCCGCCAUAAGGAAACAAAGCGCUUUUUCCUUUGAAAAUUCUUGUUAAUAAAUGCUUAAAUCCCUGAAUUCUUUAUAGAUAAGGAUGUAAAACAGUCUGGAUUCUUGGUGGAAAGCAAAAAACACA